UGAUUAAAAAAAACUAUCUAAAAACAAAAUUGGAAAAAAUUAUAAUACUUUGAAUAUAGUACGUCGUAGUAACAAAACUGAACAUUUAAUGAUAUAAAAUUGAACAUUUACACAUAUGAAAAUGAACAUUUUACAUCUGAUCCGAAACCGAAAAACUAUAAGAUGACGUCAUUAUGAAGGAGAGGGGGUGCAAGUUGUACUGCCUACAUACGAGUGUAGGCAAAAAUUUGUACUCCAGAUGAGACGAAACUUGCUUACUUACCAAAAAAAAAAAAGAUGAGACGAAACUUGUGUCCCUUGAUUUUCAGGCUAAGGAACACACUGGUGGAGUUGAUUUGCAAGUUGGGGCUUGGAAACUAUGUUGGGGCCUACAUAACUAUUUAUGCUAAAUUUUGUCAAGUGGGAUUGAAUAGCAAAAUCUAGGUUACAAAUCAACUAAAUAAAACCUUGAAUGAAAACAAUAAUGAAAUAAAGAAAAGACACAAGGAAUUGGUGACGCGGAAAAACCAAAAGAGGUAAAAACCGCGGGUAGAAUAAGGAACUACCAAACUUUCGCUAUGUAAAAUAUUGAACGAAAGGGUUACAAUGUAUGAUCAAUACGAUUUUUUGUAGCUAAGUUGCCGUGUCCUUCGAAUGAUGCAACUCGGCCCUUUUUAUAGACCCUCUUCUUGAACUCUAGCUAGCCGUUUGAUGAUAAGAUCAAGUCCCUAGUUUUUCGGCAACUAACUCCCACUCUCCUUACCCCUCUAACUUCCCCUGCUUAUCAUAUGUAGACCAAGUCUCAGGGCUUAUCACCCCCAUGUUCGUAGGAAAUCUGUUGCACCCUAUGCCAUGUCACAUGCCACUUCGUCCGCUGACCUCUACUCUCGUCGUUGACUCCCGUUGAUUUGACUAUACGAAUUUUACCCCUCACAAUUUGUCCCUAAUUGCCUAAGGUGGGCAACUAUGUACAACUUUUGGCAAUUCAAUCUUUAUAAAUGCAAUGAUAUAAAAAGGAAAAAAACUGAAAUGCAAAAUUUGAAAAAAAAAACCAUGUAAUCUAGAAUGUAGGGCCAUAGAUGUAGCCCACGUCACGUAUUACUUCAAGAAGUUAUUUCAACUUCCCACUUAUCCCAUUGACCGUCAUUUCGCAUUUAACCCUCCUUUUAUUACCGCCAUGCGCUUUUACCUUCCUAAGAAUUACUGCUGCCUGUACUCUCUUUCUCCCUUCUUUCUCUUUCUAGCAAAAUUUCAAGAAGAUUCCGGUGGAACUGGGAGCGGCGACGAGCGGCGCUACUUCACAUCUGGCCUUAGGCGACUUCUAUCGAUAGGUAAUUCUUCCAAUUCUUUGUUUACUUAGUUAAUUUUGAGAAAUGUCAAGUAGAAAUCCGAAAUUUAGAUCUAGGUUUUCACUUUGAGUUGUUGAGAAGAAAAGAAUGGUUGUUUUAGAGGAGAAAUCGAUGGGUAAACCGAAUUCGGCGAUGACUCCUAACAUGAUGGCGGGUUUCAUGGAGUUGGCUGGGUUCCGUGAAACACCAUUCGCUCAAAUUCCAGGUAAAGCGAAGAAGCGGAGAACUGCCCAAAGGGUUUUGUGGUCUUUUUAGGAAUCCGUUUCUGGAGACCGGGGCCAUUUACCUUUUUAGGCCCUUAACUAGGGCAUUCUUGGAAGUACUGGGGUUAAGCCCUAGUCAACUAAUGCCGUCGACAUGAAGGAUUUUAUCGGUGUUGGAAGAGGUGAUGAAGGAUUGGGAAGAAUCAUUUACUUUGGAAGAUUUGGUUGAAGCCUAUGAAAUUUUGAUGAGGAAGGAUCGUCAUGUUAGUCUGCACAAGAAGGAGGAGCAGUUGGUUUUGAAUACCAACUGCAACGAUAGAGGUUAGGCUCAGUAUUUCGUCUUCGACAAAAAGACGUCAUUGGGUGCCGAGGGAAUGUGGUUAACUGAUGGGUGGCCUACCAAGGAUCAUGACAUCGGAUUCCUUCAACCCACUAACAAAUCGUCGGAGAAAAUAAAGGCUAUUCUUGAAACGAAUCACAAGAGAAGGACUUUUGAAAGGACGAAGCAUCUGGUCGGCGAAUCAUCGGGGCGAAAGAACAGAGAUCGAUCUUCGACCCCUCAAAGAGUCGAAGAUUUAGAGGAAACUAUGUCUGCAAUUCCAACGGGAUCUGCUGCCUCUAGCGAGCGUCGUCGUCGUAUUAUGACUGAGGCCGAGAAGGAGGAAAGGUAUAGGAGGAAGCGGGGUGUAUCGUCUCAAGAUACGACGCUUGUGCAAACUGUGAUAGGACAGCGCAACUUCAGACAUCGACGCCUCAACAGGUCGUCGAUCUGGAAGUGCCAAUUCCUCCACCUCAAGCUCCACCGGCUAAGCAACAAAAGGUUGAUAAUGCCCCUGCAGGUGAAGAGUUGGUGAUGCGUUUCCCUGCUGACUUCCUAAGUUUUGGCAAGGAGGUGAAGCAGCCAAUGUUUCCUCGCUUGAACCAGCUGUUGUUUCUUGGUUCUCGCGAAGGCUGCGCUGAUGUGUCUACUCUGGAGAUGGCGUCAGAAGGUGCUUCUAUGCAUCUUUACUGUUUGCAAAGCUCUUUGAUUUUAAGGGAAAGGGUGAUCGAAAUGAUGAAGGAGAUCAAGAAGUUGGAGGAGGCUAUGAAGAAGAGUGAUUUUGCUGCAUCAUUUGUGAAGAAACAUAUUUGGUUUUGAAAAAAUAGUUCGACGAGGCCAAAAGGCACUCAAACGAUCUUUCUAAGCAACUGGACGAAAAGGCUAAGCAGUUGAAUGAGCAGACUAAGGAACUGGAGGAUAAGGUUGUGAUCAUUCAGGAUCAGGACAAUGCCUUGGCAGAAAAAGAAGAGCAACUGCUGUCGGCUCCGAAAGAUUUGGAGGAUGCCCUGGACGAAAGCGCUGAAAUGGAGCUGAAAGUUAAGGCUAAACUAAUGAAGGAGUAUUUGGAUGGGAAGAGUUCAGCUUGGCGUCCUCAAGAGGAUGUGAAUCGUUUCCUCGCAAAUGGGGGAACCCUUGCUGAACUCGGAUUUGAUGCUGCCACCACGUCGACAGCUGAUUCUAAGCCUAAUCCAGUGAACGUUGUUCAUCCUUCAGCAUCUGAUAUUUUUGCGGAGAUUCUCGGAGGUGAAGCUGUAGGGGACAACGCUUCCGUUGCUGAGCUUUCGAAGGACGACGACGUCGAAGACAAUGUUGCUGUCGACAAGGCUGCUGAUGUCGUCGGAGGAGGAGUUGAUGCUUGAAGGCCAUCGCUUGUGGUGGUUUUGAAUAUUUUUGUGUAUUUUGCAUAAACUUUGAUGCUUUUCACUCGUUUUCUGUUUGGAUACUUUUGUCUUUUAUUCCACUUGAUGGCAAGUGGUUCUUUUUUAACAUUGUUAUGUCUUUGUAGGUGAUGUUUGUCCUGUUGUUUCA